AUAUCGAUCUGAACCAAAACCGACACACACAAGCUUAAUCAAUCAAUCUCUCUGUUCUUCGUAAGCAACGAUGAUUUUAUCCUGGAGAAGAAGAAGAGCCAGCAAGUAUGCCAACAGGAAGGGAUUUUCCGGCGAGAAUCUAGGCAUGGGGAUGGAGGAGAUAGUGAUUCCUUCCCACUUCCGGUGCCCUAUCACUCUCGACCUCAUGAAAGAUCCGGUCACUUUGUCGACGGGGAUGACCUACGACAGGUCCAGCAUUGACGCCUGGAUCGAGAAAGGUCACAACACCUGCCCGGUCACCAAUCAAGUUCUGGCGACGUUCGACCAAAUCCCCAACCACGCCUUACGUAAGAUGAUCCAAGGCUGGUGCGUCCAGAACCGCUCUCACGGCGUCGAACGCAUCCCCACGCCUCGGAUUCCGGUCUCUGCGUACGAGGUCACUAGGGUUUAUCAGAGAAUGAUGGCUGUGACUCAACGCGGCGAUUACAACAAGUGUUUGGAAUUGGUGGCCAAGAUCAGAGCUUGGGGAAAAGACAGCGAGCGCAACAAGAAGUGUAUGGUGGAGAACAGAAUGGGUUGCUGCUUGUCUGCCACUUUCGAGUUCUUCGCGGAAAAUGAGGCAGCGACGUUGUUGAAGGAGGAGAUAUUGUCCGUGAUGACAUGGAUGUUUCCGAUGGGUGAAGAAGGCCAAUCAAGGCUUGGAUCUGCCAAGUCGUUGAGAUGUUUGGUGUGGUUUUUGGAGGGUAAAGAUCUCUCUUCAAGGCAAAACGCAGUUUUGGUAUUGAGAAAGUUGCUUUCUUUGGAUCAAAAACAUGUAGAUGGGAUUGUGCAGAUUGAAGGAGCCAUUGAAGCAUUGGUGAAGAUAAUUAGGGAGGGCCCUAGUAUCUGUCCUACUGCUACUAAAGCUUCCCUAUCAUGUGUCUUCUACAUGAUUUCAGGAGCAAGUGAUGAAAUCAAAUCAAGAUUUGUGGAAUUGGGUUUGGUUUCUCUGUUGCUAGAAAUACUUGUUGAUGCAGAGAAGAGCCUAUGUGAGAGGGCUUUGGGGGUUUUGGAGGGUCUUUGUGAUUGCAAGCAAGGGAGAGCAAAGGCCUAUGAGAAUUCUCUAACCAUGCCUCUUUUGGUUAAGAAGAUGUUAAGGGUAUCGGCCUUGGCAAAUGAGUUUUCGGUUUCUAUAAUUUGGAAGCUCUGCAAAAACCAAAACGGUGAUGGUGAUGAUGAGGAAGAAAUAAGGAUUCUGAUGGAGGCACUUCAAGUGGGCGCAUUUCAGAAGCUCUUGGUUCUGUUGCAGGUUGGAUGUGGUGAUGAAAUCAAGGACAAAGUUACUGAGUUGUUGAAGUUGUUCAAUCUUCACAUCAGUAAAUUAGACUGUGUUGAUUCAUCCAUGGAUUUUAAGUAUUUGAAGAAAGGCCAAUUUUGAUUAAUUAGGG